AUGCCUAUUCAGCUUACAGUGGAUGGUGGAACAGAGACACAAUAUAUGGGAGAUAUUCAUGGAUUUUUACGUGCAACAUACACCCCUGCCAACGCUGACAUUCCUGGUGUUGUUUCCCUGAAGAGUACUGAUAACUUGCCCAUUGAGGGAAUCUGGAGUCAAUUGUUACAUUUCACUGGUCAUGAUCUCAAGGCGGUAAUUCUUUCUGGUCGAAGCGACAGUAUCAUCAACAUUGGUCUUGAGUUACAUAUGCUCUUGUUCAAGUGGCUUUGGCCCAAGAUCGUUAAGCAAGCCAUCGACACAUUCAUCCGAUAUUGGAAUGGCCAUCGAGUCCGAAAGCAGAAAGAGAAGAUUCUUCCGUCCGGCGUCUGUCCAAGGGAUGUAUACGAGAACCUGGUCCAGUACGGCCUCACUCAUGCUGGAAUCAAGGUACCCAAGGAUGUUGUUGAUGAGCUCCGCACACGGCUUCCUAAAUCGCGCGAAGAGUGUAUGAGAUGGGUUCCGGCUUCUUUCAAUGUCCAGGCAACAGCAGUCUACCAAGCGCUGGGGUGCCCGACGCUCAGCGUGGCAAAUGGCUGGGAUAUAUUUACUUCAAUGUUGGCCAAGCUUCAGUAG